GCUUCAGUGCAUUUUGAUCCUCUCUGCUGGGAAAAUCCUAAAACGUUUGACCCAAGUCAUUUCUUGGAUAAGAAUGGUGACUUCCUAAAGAAGGAUGCCUAUUUGCCUUUCUCUGCAGAGCCAUCUUUCUGUCUGGCUCUUCUCUUCAAUAAACUACAACCUUCUUUCUAAAGCAGUCACCAUGUUGUUUAUUCCUGGCUUGGACUGGACCCUGAUGAAGACUUUUCCUUCAACAAUAAGAACAUCAAUUUAAACAGAAUGUGAAGAUAGUUCUCCCCCAUUGAAAAUGGUUAACAAAAAAGACUCAUGUCUCAUAGAGAGACCAAUUGUGGAUUAUUUACAUGAAAAACUAAUAAACAGUUGGAAAAAACCUAAUAAUUUUAUUAGAUGCCAUAUAAAAAUAGAGGUGCUUAUUCUUAAAAGCAUCCAGAUACAUAAUAGAUGUCUAGAGGAAAGCUGAAGCAGAACAUUUAUUGUUAAGUCCUCUCAGUAAUGAUGAAUGAUGAAGACACAUCUUUGCAAGGAACACUCUUUAUUACGUUUCAGCCAAAACUCCAACAAUGAGCAAGGCAUGCAGGCCUCCUUUUAUAUGUCCCAAAUCCCCGGACAUAAUGGCAACAUCGUCAGGCACUUUUCGCACCUUGCGCAUGUCGGCGCCACUCAGUCUGGUCCCGGGCAGCUUCUGCAAAGCCCAGGAACCCUUGCAACAUCCCGAGCCUGCAUUUGCAGGCUCAGGACACAACAUUUAUCAUAGACAAGGUAAAGCCAUAACAUAUUAAUCUUUGACUGUUAUUGGUAAGAGCCUUAAAUGUGGCCUAUUUGAAUGAUGUCAGAGAUGGAAAACUGGCAUUCUAGUGAUGGAUGGAUUUCUGGUUGAAUUUUACUUGUGCUUUCCCCCUCCAGCCACAACUUUUCAUAAACCGAUACCAGAUAGGCUGUGCUACAGUUGAGUUUUUAAGUUAGAAUACACCUGUGUGAGCAUAUCUUACAAUCUGUUUCAAAUUGAUAUAAAUCUUUUAAGAGAUGUCAGAUCAAAAGUAAUGGUCAACAUGUGGGAGAAAGCAGACCCCCAGUUAAUUACUGGCAUAUUUAAGGGGAAGAAAGGGAAGCAAAAGAGAAAGUAAAAUAUUGAGAGGCUGAUUGUGGGAAAGAAAGCAGGAAGCAAGAAAGGUGCUGGAUUAAGAACUUGGAAAGAAAGACACUACAGCAAGCUCAGUACUACAAACUGUUGGGGUGUAGUGUGACCUGUUUCUCAGUACCUGAUCAAAACUAUGUCAGUUCCAACAAGGAAGCCUGUCUCUCAUUCAGCCAUACUUGCUGCCAGCCAGAUUCUCCAAAGGAAAACAUUUAAUUUAACAAAAGAUACUCAUAAAUGGCCUUGACUUUUCUAAAAUUCAUAUAAUUUUAAUGGCUGUAUCUUGAAUCAUUGGCACCAUCAAACUAAGUUUGAGACAAUUCUGUUUUGUUUCCGAUUUGCUUUGGAGGAGACAUGAAAUGAAUCUGACAAAUGGAGAAAAAAUGACUGCCUUCCGUUCAUUUAUAAAAAUUGAAUCAAUGAAUAUUACUGACUUUCUAAGACUUCUCCAUCUAGGAUUUCAUGAUUUCCAAGAUAACAUUAGUCCCAGUCAUCUAACAUCCAGCUUUUUAGAUCUUCAACAUCUGACAUUUAACAGAUAAUAAAUAGUUAACAGAUAAUCUGAUGGUGUUAAAUUCUGAAGCUGAUCGUUGUUUAAUUCCAUUUCCUGCUUUGUAUUAAAUCCUUGAUGCGCUUUGUGUAACGGAACUUACAUGGUACGCUUACUGCAAAAGUUUCUACAGAGGCACAUUUUAGAAGAAUUACGGUAGCAGCUGGGUCUCCUAGGCGUUUUAAAAAAAAGCGUUCCAACAACAGAAACUACCCGCGAUUUCUAUCAACAGUUUUGGCUGUUGCCGCUUGGCAUCGUGUUAGAGUUAGGCAAGGGGAGAUUAGGAGGCUAGUUGGAUUUACCAGUUGCUCCAACUAGUGACUUCCUUUGUGAAUCAGAGAUUGCUGUCAUGAAGACCCCGUCAGUUGCGGAGGUUGAGCCAGAUAUCCUAGAAUAUAAGUUAAAGUAUACCCCAGACCUAAGAUGCGAGAAGCAAACAGACUUGGUUCCAGUUUGUUAUAGCUGCAAAUCCUGCAUCCUGUCCUGGAAGAUUUUUUCCACCCGGGAGUGGUUUGUGCGUGCCAGCCAGGCAACUCAGAGGACGUUCGUGGUGGGGAUCAUCAACCGAUUCGAAAGUCACGACCUCCUGAAAUACUCCUGGAACCUCCUAGAGGCUAUCGAUACCAAGGAUUUUAUCUAUUCCCGUUCCUGCAUCAGCUCCACCUUCAGAGCCUCUUCUGCUCUGGAUCGGGCAAUGGAUCCACAGAAACUGGUACAAUCAAUGGCGGAUCUUUGGCGAUGGUUCUUAGGCGCCUCUUUCUGGACCAAAGCAAACUACAUACUUCUUUUGCUGCAAAUGUGCGACUCGCAGUUGCUGCUGACGGCUGCUACUCUGAUUCGUAUCCACUUAACUGAACACGAGAGUGCCACGUCUGAAAACAUGGGAGAAGAAGAAGAAUAUGUAAAGCAGAGCAAAUAUGACAUGCGUCCUCUUGUCCCCAUGAAAUCUACUACAGUUUCCCAAAUGGCUGAAAACCAGUUUCUUUCAAAAGCAAGCAGUGUGUUUGGUAAUAUCCGUGUACACAAGAUUUGGUCCAAACAGUCAGAAAGUAUCUUCAAAAAAGCACUGUGUGACCUGGAAAAUGAGACUAACUAUUUUUCAAUGCUGACCCUGCACCCAAUCACUGCACCUGCUUUUCCUCAGCAGUCCCCCAACAAAUUUAGAGAUUUCAUCCGGUAUCUGCCUGUCCACUUAUCAAAAUCCAUUUUGAGAAUGUUGGACAUGAAAACCUUAGCACGAUGUGCCUCUGUAAAUCCACAUUGGAACUUUUUGGUCAAACAACUUAAGUGUGACGUAGUAGCAAAUUAUGCUCUCCGAAGUCAGAUUUCAUUUUUCCAGGCUUUAUGUCCUAAAGGAGCAAUUUCCACCUUUGCCAGAAUAGUAAAGGUUGCUAUUCCUCGCAUAACAUCAAAUGGUGAUAUAAUCCUAACCAAAACUAAGAAGCAAUUCAAGGAUUAUGACCAGCAACAAACUACAAGUCAAAGUGAAGACACUGAAUACAUGCAGAAAGCAUACCACGGCCAGGAGACAGACACUGUCAAAUUAGAGGAAAGGAAUGUCUUCUGUAGUGCCUACAAUGUUCGUGUUCUAAUAAACAGUCUGGAUUCCAACAGAGUGAUUCACAGCACUUCUGGAAGGCUAUUGGCCUUUGGUUCUUUAGAUCGAAAAAUCCGCUUUCUAGAUAUAGAGAAGAUUAAAAUUAUCCCUCCUGUCUUCUCUGGGCAUGCUGGUAGCAUCAGAACCUUAUAUCUCAAUGAAGAAAGAGGAUUCCUCCUGAGUGGCAGCUAUGAUCUCAGUAUCAGACUGUGGAACAUCAGAAAAGGGACCUGUGUGAAGAUUUUUCUGGGCCACAAAGGGAAUCUCACUUGCUUGGAUGUGUGCAAGACCAGAUUUGUGUCUGGAUCCAAAGACUGCACAGCAAAAUUGUGGGACAUGAAAACCGGGCGAUGUAUUAAAACUUUUACACACAAAGGUUAUAUUUGGGCUGCUAAAAUGAAUGACAUCCAUAUUGUGAGUUCCUGUGAAAAGGGCCUCGUGAAAAUUUGGCAUGCUGAGUCAUAUGUACUAAUCAAGGUUUUAGAAGGUCACCGAGGUCCUGUAAAAUGUUUGUCAUUUGAUGAGUGGCAUCUUGUAACAGGAAGCAGUGAUAGAUAUAUUUUGGCCUGGAGCAUGUUGGGAAAACACAAGCGAUGUCUAAUGGCUUUCAGACACCCCCAGGAGGUUCUAUCUCUGGCCUUUGUUUAUCUCAGAGUCAUCAGUGGCUGUGCUGAUGGGAAGAUACGUAUUUUUAACUUCUUUUCUGGAAUCUGUCUGAGGGUUAUGAGAGCAAACAGCAGAGGUGACCCAGUGGUGUCCUUCUGUAUUUUAGAAAACAGAUUAUUGAUCAAUGCAGAAGGAAGUGUAGUCUUGUUCCAGUUUGAAGAAGUAGAAUGGGAUCAUAAUCAGCCUUCUGAUAGAAUACCUAACCAAACACUCACGAGCAAAUUUCAUGACAUACCAACCCAAAUAAAGCCUUCUCCAUUUUCAAAAUCUAUGCGGGAGAAACGCGCCAGAAAGAAAAAUUGGAAGCUAUACAGAGAAGAUGAUGACACAGUGCUUUCCUAUUACAUUUCCCAGCAUGCCACAAGAUUAUCCAAAGGUGUUCCAGCCCUCCUUUAUGAAAUCGUGAAGACUCCUUUACCCCGAAAGAGGGAGGGUAAGACAGCCAUGAUCCUGGAUCCAUACCAAAAGCAGAGACUCUCUGAACUUGCUCAUCAAACCCUAAAGGAACAGCGAUCUUCCACAAUAAUCAAAGUUACUUCUGAUGAGGAAUUAGUAUCAGAAGCUCCAGCCCCUUCCUCAUUUGCCCAGAAUACCAAGGCUUUGUUAAAUCACAUAAAGAAGAGGCAUCCUAUUGGUCCCAUAUCUAAUGAUCAGAUACUCCUCACUGUCAGUACAGUACACCAUGCCUACCAAAAUGAUGAUGUCAAUGCCAAUAUGGCAUACAACAUGAACAUUAAUGAUGCUUGGGAACCUGUUCAGCCCAAGAAAGAACUGCCCAGAUCAUCUCUAUCUACUCAAAGUUCAAAGUACAAGGCAAUAGAUCUAGCAACCCAAGUGAAACAACUAAAGGCUGCUGGUGGCACUUUAGGUAUGGAAAAGAUUUCCUCACCUUAUGAAACCAAAAUACUACAGCUCAACACAAAGAAUUCUUUGCUUGGGGGUAAUGUGAAAUCCUUCAUUCCUCCCCCCUCUAUCACACGUUCCAAGUCUUGCAGCAGUUUGUCAAGAAAAAAAGCUUAUUUUAAGAUCUCAUCUGCUGCUGCUGCUGAGAGUAAUAUCAUUGGUGGCUUUACAAGUUCAGUUGAAUCCAUCAAAAUACCACGAAUGAAGAUUGCCCAACCUGAUACCAAUGUAACUUCACGGCGCAGAAAAUUUUUCCAUGCCCUUAAUGUAAAUCCUUAUCGUUAUAAUUCUGGGUUUCAACUUCUGACUACACAACAAAUGAAAGAAUAUGAAGAAGCUAAGAUUGCAGAGUAUCAGGCAACCAAGACAAAAGUUAUUGCAAAUAGAGAAAAAGUGUGUAAAAAUGCUUGGGUGAGGAAAAUUAAAGGGCUUCCUAUAGAUGACUUUACUAAGGAGGGCAGAACUGCUGCUCCUGAACUUGGAGAUAAUGUUUUCAUUUGAGACUAAUUGUUUUAAUACAACUGACAAACCCUGCAAACAAAUGCAAAAUUCUGGCCCAGGUACUCUUGAUGUCCUCUGCUGAAACUUUGCCCUAUUUCCCUCUUUUGGGAGACUGUGACAAACUGUACUAUAUCGAUUAGACCUUUGUUUUCAAAAAUUGGGACUCUUGAGUUUCCCUCCCUUUCCCAAAAUAAUUCCAGUUUGCAACAUUUCUAUUUUAAAGUUCCCGUUCUGUUCAUGCAGGUUUAUUUAAAAGAUUGAUGAUACCUUUUGUAAAUUUUGCUUCAGAAAUUAUAUGUGUGCAUUCCUGUUGUGUCUUACUUAGCUGAUAUCUUAAUGUAACUGUUUCACUGUGUAGUUAUAAAAGUUAUCAAAAUUAUAUCUUUACAAAAUAUUUUUAAGAACUUGAAAUUA